AUCAUGUUGCAACGGCUGGCGCAAUUCGUGACACAGCGCAACAUUCGCCUGGUGCUUCUGGACCUUACAUCGUGCCAUCCAUCGUCGUCGUUGGAUGUGGCUGUGCCGGCGUUGGUCAAGUGCGGCUUUCGCGUGGGUGUGUUGACGUCGCCGGCCAACGCCACCGCCGCGUUAGUCCGGACCACGACUGACGCGACCAUCUCCUCGUCUGUCUUUCGUAGCACCCAACACGAGACGUUUUUCCAAGACGCGACAACGUUUUUGCAAGUGUCGAGCGAUCGAACGUUGUCGUUUCGACCACCGGGCAUUGUGGCCGUGGGAAACGUGGCGAUCGACGACGUCCUCCGCGAUGUCGACAUGGACACGCCCGACGCGUUUGUCCAAGCGUUGCUGGGGUUUCCGCAUGCAUUGGAUCCCCACUGGACACAGUUUGGACCGUAUCCCAUUCGCCAAUCCGAAGUGUUUUACACGUCGACCCUGUCCGUCGGCCUCGUAAACCUCAAACCCAUCGUGCCAGGGCAUGUGCUCGUCAUUCCCAAGCGUCGCGUGGCGCGGUUCCUAGACUUGGACGGGGACGAAGUCGCCGAUCUGUGGCAUGCCGCUCAGCACGUUGCCAAGCGAUUGCAAGCGCAUUACAAUGCGGAAGCGUAUACGUUUUCCAUUCAAGAUGGCGCUGUCGCGGGCCAAACCGUACCGCACUGUCACAUACACGUGUUACCGCGUCACAUGCACGAUUUCCGCCGCAACGACGACAUCUACGACCACGUACGCAAUGUGUUUAGAUAUGAUUCCCCGUUUGUAAUUCAUUGGCAGAGCCCGUGGGAUAGGUAGAUGAUACAUGUACAUGAGUUUAUCAUAUAUAGACCGUUCAGUCAUAUUUUCGAGUUGGGACUCUUGAUCCACCGAAUCCAUCGAUCGAUAGUUGUUUGAACUAAAUGUACUGUACAGUACUAUUAGUAAUCCUAAUUUCAUUCCUAACGCGAUUCGAAGUUGGACUAGUCCAAAUUUUAAAAGGACAAUACAAGAGUUCGAUUGGCUACUUGAUUCGUGUUCUGGGUUUUGAUUGGUUGCUCGAUUGUCUUUGCCACGUUCUUUCGACCCUGCACUUUCGAAUCGCAUAUUGACAAUAUUUAGUAUUAUUUUGAUUUUUUUAUAUGUACUAAUAUGUGCGCUGUGUAUGAUUUGUAGCUGGCUACGCACGACGCGACCCGUCCGUCGUUCGACUUGGACCCACAGGACGACGACGUUCGUGUGUGUCGAAGUGUGGACGACAUGGCCGCCGAAGCCGCAGUGCUUCGCGGGAUUCUCGCCCAGUAAAAAAUAGUUGUUUAAACAUAUUUUUACAAGUCGAUUACCCCAGCAGAAACGACGUCAAGAGGACCUUGUCUUGGUCGUCCAGGGCGCCACGGGUUGGUCCUGUGGAGUCGUCUGCUGUUGUAUUUCCUUGCACGAGAUAUGGCAGGGGCACAAAUGGUACAACUUCGACCGACCCAAAUCCUUCUUGGACCUAUACCAGAUAGAAAAAGAAAUAUUAUCAUGCAAAAAUAUAUAUAUUAUUGU